AAUUUACACCACUACGAAGCGUUUCAUUUCGUUCGCAUUUAGCGAAUUUAAUUUUUUGUGUUUUGUAAAUUGUAAUACGAAAAUGAUUUAGAUUUUUCUUUUUAAUUUUCUUCAAACUUUUAAUUAAGUUUCCGGUCCAUCGCAAGUUCUUGCGAUGGAAGUACCGGACGAAAAUGUUCUAGAGGUAGAUUUGUUAGCUGAUGAUGGAUCAGAAGAUGAAGGCGAAGCCCCGCCGUCUUCAGAAUUUUACACCGGACCUGGGUCGACACCAACAUCAUGUGCGUCAUCUCCUCGAGGUGAAGAACCAGCAUCUCCCCAUGCAGGUCUCACGCAACCAUCCUUCUUCCAUCAUCAAGGUUACACUCGACCGUUUUUUACCUCGGCCAGGCGAGGUCCGGGUAGACCACGGAAAGAAGGACCCAAGUUAGCUCGUGAAGGCAAGAUUGUUAGAAGAUACAGAGGAAAUCCAGGAUCUUUAAGAGGGGCAAAAAGACAUCGUGGUAGCAGGGAUGAUGCAUCUGAAGACAUGAUGGACGAAGAUGAUUUUACAAUACCACCUGUCCCCGAGGAACCUCCCUAUAUGCCCGAAAAAUGGCCUGGUAAAGUUUGCUCACUUUGUAACUUGGGUGAACGCAGUCAACUAGGCCAGGGUGAAAUGAGACAAAUUCAUUGCAAUAUUGGUGAAGCAGAGGGUAGUACGACACCUUUAGUUACCAAUUCAGGAGGAGCCACACCAACAAGCAUUGCUACUCCUACUAGUACUCCAACGACACCUGUCACACCAGGCUUAGUUUCUCCUCCACCAGAGCUAGUAGAUCCCAACCAACAUCCUCUUGGGCUACCGCUCAGCAGGCGCCAGAAAUCUUUCAACAAGUGCAAAACACCACUCUACAAUAUGGAACACACAGAUGAAUUAUCAAUUAUCGGUCACAAUGACUCUCUAGAAAUACAAGCAGUAGUGUCUUCUGGAGCAUUGUACAUUCACCGUUGUUGCCUUGAGUUCAGUCCACCAUUCCAAGCAACAUCAUCUGAGGAAGACCUUGAGCAAGCAGAGGAGACGAGAAUCAGAGGAAUAGUCACUUCUGCUCUUACAAGAAAAUGUGCCUUUUGUACUAGACAUGGUGCAAGUAUUCCUUGUAAGAUGAGCUGUAACAAAUACUACCAUCUACCAUGUCUUCUAGCAUCAGGUGGUUUUAUGGAUUUUCAAAGCAAGGGCUCAUUUUGUAAAGAUCAUUUAUAUCAAGUUCCCCUUGUCUGUACAUCAGAAAUCGACUGCAGGACUUGUAGGACUAUCGGCGAUAUUGCGAAUCUGAUGACUUGCGUGGUUUGUGGAGCGCAUUAUCAUGGAACUUGUGUCGGUCUUGCUCAGCUACCAGGCGUCCGGUCGGGCUGGGCGUGCCGCGGGUGCCGCGUGUGCCAGGUGUGCCGCGAGCCGGCGCCGGGCGAGGCGCGCGCCGUGUGCUGCGACCACUGCGACAAGCUCUACCACGCCGCCUGUCUACGACCUCUCAUGGCCACCGUGCCCAAGUACGGCUGGAAGUGCAAGUGUUGCCGGGUGUGCUCCGACUGCGGGUCGCGGUCGCCGGGCGCCGGGCCGUCGUCCCGCUGGCACGCGCACUACACGGUGUGCGACUCGUGCUACCAGCAGCGCAACAAGGGCUCGUGCUGUCCGCUGUGUCGCCGAGCUUACCGCGCCGCCGCCUACCGCGACAUGAUACGGUGCACGCUCUGCAAGAGAUACGUCCAUGGCACCUGUGAUCCAGAUGCGGAGCCUCAACAGUAUAGGAAAAACAAAGAUCAGAAUCCAUCUUAUGAAUACAGCUGUCCUAUAUGCAAGAGUCAACUUGCACUGACCGGAUCUAAACCUGGGUCUUUUGAAGAAGACAGCACUGCUUCUGUGUCUCAAGAUUCCUCAUAUGGAGAUGACAACUCUAAUUUACAAGACCAGGACCCACUUGCGAUUGAAACAAAGCCUGAUGUUGGUCUUGGAAAAGGAAAACCUUUCUCAGUAUCUUCAAAGGUAGCCAAAAAAAAAAUUGGAGGCUACAAACUGAAAGGUGGAUUCCCUGCGGGUGGCAAGUUGGGCUUCCAGAAACGCCAACGUUCUCUGUUGGACUUCGGUCGGAAAAGGGCAUCUAAACCUAAAAUGCGAGGAGUUUUUGGAGUACCAGGAUUGGGGCUACAGAGACCCCAAGCUCCUGACAGUAAAAGCUCUGAGGAUGAUCCAGGAAUGGAGAAUAAACUAGUGCUGUGUUCAAGCAAAGACAAGUUUGUGCUCACACAAGAUUUGUGCGUUAUGUGUGGUGCUGUCGGUACGGACUCUGAGGGAUGCCUUAUUGCUUGUGCCCAGUGUGGACAGACUUAUCAUCCGUACUGCGUAAACAUAAAGGUAUCUCAAGUGAUAGUGACGUUGGGUUGGCGGUGCUUGGACUGCACCGUGUGCGAGGGCUGCGGCAACCGCGGCGACGACAUGCUGCUGCUGCUGUGCGACGACUGCGACACCACGUGGCACACGUACUGCGCGCGCCCGCCGCUGGCCGACGUGCCGCGCGGCGCCUGGCGCUGCGAGCGCUGUCGCCGCUGUCUCACGUGCGGCACGCGCGACGCGCUCUCCUGGUGCACCGACAACUACACGGAAUGUGCACCGUGCGCUUCCCUAGUGAUGUGCUGUGUGUGUUCCGAACCUUAUUCAGAUGGAGAACUAAUCAUUCAGUGCGAAGCUUGUACUCGGUGGCUUCAUGCUUCUUGUGAUUCAAUCCGCAGUGAGAAUGAUGCCGAAAUAUGCUGUCGAGCUGGGUACAAGUGCGUGGGAUGCCGCGGCGCGGAGACGGCGCCGCCGCACGUGGCGCGCGUGGCGUGCGUGCCCAGCGCCGCCCGCAGCGCGCCGCGCCCCACGCCGCAGUCGCUGGGCUUGGCGGGCGAGUACUACGUGGACGACGUGUGUCUGUCGCAGCGCGGCGCGCACCACAUGAAGCAGCUGGAGGCCGACCUCGGCAUCACGCAUACCAGGCGAAAGAGGCGUUUCAAAAAUGAGAACCCCGACAAAGAUGCCGAAAUAAUGGCAUCUAUUGAAACAGUGGUUCAGAACGCUGACGUCGAGAUGGCCGACGACUCCAAGCCUGACAGCACAGCCGAAGUCAAAGAUGAACCAGGUCUUCCUCCUAACGCAAACUUUAAAGAAGGAACUCUGUGGAACAUUUUAACCGACGGUCCCCCUCCUGAGGGGUUCACUGUAUAUACAACAGAUUCAGGACUGACCGUACUCCGAAGGAAACGACAAAGAAACCUCAAUAAACUAGGUAUUGGAGGUUUCGUGGUUAGACAAAGACAGACUACAAUCAAAGCUCAGGCAGAUGAAGACAAAGAUGGUGACGGCACACAGGCUUCUGGAGAAUCCCCAAGCAACAAGCGCAAACCUCGUAGAAAGCCACGGUCAAAACUGAUGGAACAAUUUCCACCUUACAUGCAAGAAGCUUUUUUUGGAAAGGAACUCCUCGAUCCCCAAGUCAAAUCUGCUGUUAGUUCCACUGGUAACCCUUCAGAGAGUCCAGCUGGUACUCUGAGACCAAAUACCCCAGAAGGAUACCGUGAACUGCGAGACUUUAAAUUUGACUUUGAGAAUUCUGACAGUGAAGGCGAAGAUGUCCUGGCUGCUUUGACUUCUUUCAAUGAUCAUGAUAACACUGUUAUCAUCACCCUUAAUAACGAAGAACUAGAGUUAAUGCAAUCACUAAAACCGAAACAAGAAAAAGAAGAUCCAUGCAACACUAAUUCUGACGGUGUGAAAAUAAAGACAGAGUCAGAUGAUGGUCAAGUGAAACAAACUGAGGAUUCUACUGCCCUCAAGAAUGCCUUGUUGGGCCCCCAGACCAACGAAGGAGAAUCGACAGUGGGUGCGGCUGAAAGCGGAUCCGCCACCCAUAGCACGAAAACUGAGAACCUUAGCAGCGAGACAACAUCAUCUCAAGCGUCGACAAUAUCUCCGAAAGAUGACCUGUCGCUGCUGGGCGUGAACUUGGACGCCAUGGUGCGCGACACGCUUCCCGACAUGGACAGCAACGAUGUCGACGAGAUAUUCAAGGGCGUCCUUACUGAUGACUCUCAGGAAUCACAGGAAUCAUCAGUAUCCUAUGUGAAUGCAAUGACUCCAUACUCUCAGAGACAGCAGCUGCAGAGUCCCAUGGAGUACUCGUCACCCUACCAUUCGGAGUUUGGGAACAGCAGUGGGGGCGCGCUGAGUCCGCUGGUGAGCGAGUCCACGUGGAGCGAGUCCGCGCCCGCCCCCGCGCCCUCCUACAACCAGCGCAGCGCCGACAAGAUGCGCGCCGACGAGAGCUUAGGUUCUGCGGCUACGAUAUCCGCCGUGCUGUACGCGAAUACAAACCACCCCGAAUGGAAAACCGAGUUUCCCAACUGGGUCGACCGGUGCAAGCAGAUCCUGAAGAAGUGGCGCGCCUUGCCCUCGGAGCACAAGGCGCCCUACUUGCAAAGGGCUAGGGACAACCGGAGCGCCAUUCGCAUGAAGAAAGCCCAGCAGAACUCGAGCGGCUCCACCGGCGACCGCAGCCCGCCCGCCCCGCGCGCCGCCAGCCCCGCGCCCCCCGCCGCCGCCCCCGCCGCGCCCGCGCUCCUCCUGGCGUCGGUCGGCAGUCCGGAACAGGAACGGGCUUGUGGACAGCAGCGUAGUGCUCGAGAGGCCGAGCAGGAGAGGGCGUGGAAGAACUUGCAGCAACAACGCCAGCAGCAGACCCAGCAGCAACAACAGAUCAUACACGAUCAACGGAUGCAAGAACACGUACGUAACGAAGUCCGGUAUGGUACGGCAGCAGCCAUGCAGAGACUCCGUGCCGGGGACGGGACGGCGCCGCCUCCCUCGCCGGCCCCCUCCCCCGCCCCCGCCCCCACCCCGGCCCCCCAGACGCCCAGUCCCGCGCCCCCGGACGCCCCCCGCGCCGCCUUCACCGCGCAACGCUUCCCGCUGCACUACGGGAACAACGAGGACAUCAACCGCCAGCUGCGCGACCUGCUGCAACGACACCCAGACAAGAUGUGGCCCCCGCGUAUGACAGAAGAAGGUGGUGCAAAUACAGUACAGAGUCAAGAGGGCCAGCCCUUCCGACCUCCGCUACCCGUUGCGUUGCGCACGCGGACCCUGGGACUCCCACAACACAGACCAGAACAACUGAUCAUGCAGCAACGCAUUAUAACUACAGAAAAUGUCCAAAUGCAACAGAAUGCUGGAAACUCUACAAUGCAACAAGUCAUUGAACAAAAACAAAGUGUCAUCGCCCAGUCCCAUGCUGGUGCUGAGUCUAAGCAGGAGCACGGUAACCAGGAACAUGGCACUGACGAAAUGGACAUGGCCGACAUGGACAAGUUGGAACAAGAUCCUGGAAAUAUUGGAGAGGUGGGCGACAUCUUGACCGGGCUCGGCAGCGAGGACGACGACAAGCUGCUGGAGUCGCUUACGUCAGAGAUCGGGGAGCAGUUCAACAUCCUCGAGUACGCGGACCCCGAGCUCGCCGCGCUGGACGACGCCGAGCACAUCCUCGACCGCCUCGAGCGGGCCGAUGACGUCACCGACAGACUCGCCAAGCGGGAUCGCACCGAGGAACACGAACAUCCAUCGGAAACAAAACACUUAAUAAUUCAGAAAACUGGAAAGAUCAUAGACGGUAACAUUACGGAAGUGAAAUCAGAAACAACAGAAAUUAAAACUGAAAACCAAGAUGUUAAACUAGAGGGAGCCCCGCCCGGAAUGGCACACAUGUACGCUGAGGGAAUACAGAGGGUCAUCACACAGAACCAUCAAAUGACUAUACAAUCUGCCAUGCAAGCAAUCAAGUCUGAAGUGAAGCUGGAGAGUGAUGACAAAACACAGCACCCCCCAUUCCAGCCCAUGUUCGCUAACGCACAGCAACGUUUACAAAUACAUCAGCAGGGUACACAACUGGUGCCCGUACUACAACGAGCGCAGCCGCAGUACGCGUCCGCACACCAACUGCACUUCACACAAAACCGUGUGCAAGGCGCGGUGCAGAGCGGCGUGAACACCGCCAGCAUCGUGAGCGCCAUGACGGCGCAGGUGAAGGCCGCGCUCGCCACCGGCCGCUGCAUCGCCGCCGGCACGCAGCUCGUGGGGGCCGACGGCGCCGUGGGGGUCGUCCGCGAGGACCGCUCCGUGGCGCUCAAACACCUGCCCUACGCAGCGACCGUGGGGGCAGGCAACGCGCGGGCCCCCCCGCCCCCGCCCUACCCCGGCACGGCGCGGCCCCCGCAGCCGCCGCCCCCGCCCUACCCGCAGGUGCCCUAUGAGGCGGACGCGUGGGCCGACUGGCUGCAUCGCCGCCCGCUGCUGCUGCAGAACAUAAAUCAGGAGCAACCGUUGCUUCUCGAGGAGCUUCUGGAGCAGGAGAAGCGCGAACAGGAGCGGGAGGGCGAGUGGGGCGGCGGCGCAGUGGCGGCGCCGGCGGUGGUGGCCCCGCCCGCGCCCCCCGCCGUGCCGCUGUUCGCCGGCGUGCCCCCCGUGCAGCCGCCCGCGCCCUCCGACCGCUCGCACUCCGAGGCCGACCUACACGCGCGCCGCCUCUACGAGCAGUGGCUCAAGCAAUUCAAUGUCUUCGCAGUUGAGCAACAGCGUUACUACGAGCUCGAGGUUCAGAAACUUCGCAAGAUUCGCAAGUCAUUAAAUAGCAAGCAACGGCAGCUACGUAAGUCGGGGAAUGAGUUGCUACCAAACGACGCAGCCGAGCUACAGCGCGUGUCAGCAGAACAGCAGGCUCUGCAGAAACACUUGGACGCCGCCAGGAAGCAAGCCAGGCAGCACAGUAUGUUGAUCCAGGAAUAUGAAAAUAAACAACGUCAACAAAAUCCUCAGCUGGCUCAGCAGACUAUAAUAAAUCAACAGCAGAUAGCGACAAAUCAAGGCACGCUCAACCAGGCUCAGACUAUGAACCAACAGCAGCAACAUCAGCAACAAACUAUCAAUCGACCUAUGCAGUUGGGCAUCCAACAGCAACAGACGUUGAUUCGGAGUCAGCAGACGGUCCUCAGUGGUGAGCAAAGGAUUGGACUGGUGACGUCACCGCUGAGCGCUCAGAGCCGGCUCGUACAAGGACGCACGCUCGUCAUCGAACAGAGCGCCGUCCCGCAGCCGCAGCUGGUGCGGCAACUGUCGGGGCAGGAGCGCGGCGCCGGCAUGCUACAGUUCGCAGCGCAGCGCGCGCCCGCCCCCCGCGCGCCCGGCCCGCGCCCCGCCAUGUCGCCGCUGCACGUGCAGUCGCAGUCGCCGCUGCACUCCCUCGCGCCGCAGUCACCGCUCCAUCAUCUCACCUCGCCGAUGCAGUCACCGCUCCACUCGCAGCAGUCGCCGUUGCAUCACACCUCACAGUCCCCGCUGCAUCCUUCCACUCAAUCUCCGCAUCACACGCAACAGUCGCCACUUCAUUCUCAACAAUCACCGAUGCACGUCCAACAGACCAAUCUGCCUCAACAAUCUCCGCUGCAUCCGCAACAGUCACCGAUGCAUCCACAACAAUCUCCGAUGCACCCCCAACAGUCACCGAUACAUCCUCAGCAGUCUCCGAUGCAUCCGCAGCAAUCGCCAAUGCAUCAGCAGUCGCCGAUGCACGCACAGCAACAAAUGACCACACAACAUUCUCCGAUGCACCAACAGAGUCCGAUGCAGUCUCAGCAAUCGCCAAUGCACGUCCAACAAUCUCCAAUGCAUACUCAACAAUCACCGAUGCAAACAUCGAUGUCGCCGCAACAUUUUCUUCAACAACUACAAGCUCAAAGAACAAGUCCUCAGCUACCUACGCCCAGUCGGAGUCCACAGAUUUAUCAGCAAUCACAAAUACAAAGUCCUGUAUCAUCACAUUCGCCACAGCUACAAAACGCGGACUUUAGUGGUGCUCGAUUUUCAAGACCGGCUUCUGGAUGUUCACCAAUGCCCACUCGGUUUGCUCGGCCACCUCAUCAUCAACAAGGAAUGAGAGUCGGUGUUGUGCCUUAUGGUAGUCGGCAGCAAACUUCUCCUUUGGGGAGUCCACAACCACUGCCGUCUCCGGGCAAUCCUAGUAACGAGCUAGCUAGACAACAAAUGUUACAACGUCAGCAAUACAGCCCAAUGGGAGGGGCGCCGUCGUCACCUUCGAUAUCGAGAUCUCCGCACGUAGCGCGCACGCCCACGCCCUCGGCAUCUCCUGCCGCUUCUCCAGCGCCCGACCACGGCGGCGGCUCCAUGCACUCUCACCACGCCGCGCCCCUCCCGCCCGGCUAUCGCUACUGCCGCCCCGGGCUGCGAGGGGGAGCCCCGCCCUGGCCCCCCGCGCGACCCAAGCUCACGCUACUGAAGCGACGCGCAUCUCCGCGCCCGCGCUACCCCGCCGACCAGUCGCACCCCGCGCUCGACGCCGGGCCCGAGACGGACUACGUGCUGUACGCUCGCACCGACGACGAGGACCCCGACGAACUCGAACAUCUCGACGACGACGACAUCGUGCUCGUCGAGCCGGGCACCAUCUCGCCCAGCGAGCGUAUCGCCACCGAAGAAGACUUCGAGGAACUGAUAGACAGCGGCAAACCUGAAGAUGAGGAGGAAGAGGUACCGACACCUCGCACGGAAACCGCCACUAAGACCGUCGCGGUGAUCAGCCUGUCGACGGGCUCCCACCAAUACAAGCUGAUGAGUCCCGCCACGCGCCUGGCCGUGCUCUCGCCGCACGCCAACACUAAAAUUCUAAAUGAAGUAUCGCAGGCGACGGUCGCCUCCGUCUCUAUCGCCAACCAGACUAUCUCUGUGCCUGUUCUAAAAAACCUUUCCGUGCCCAUAGGAAAUGCCAAACAGAACCAAAUGAAAAAGAUGCCGCACAACAUCGCCCAGUCUCUGUCCAUAAACGUAUCGGCACCGCCACCCUCGAAGUCGAUCAGUUCAGUGAUAAGCGUCAUAUCGAACGUGCCGAAGGUGGCCAAUGUGAACAAUCCCGUGAUCACGCUCGCGACUUCCGGUGCUGGUCCGUCACGCGUUCCCGUCUCUAUUUUCACCCAACAUCAUGUCAAACAAAAGAUCGUAAAAACGAUCGAAAAACCGAUGGGAUUAUCUCUUUCGAGCGCAAAACUCUCCAGUUUAUCUGUGUCUCAUGAUGCAACUCUUCCUGCAAAAAUAUUCCAAGAUGAUGUCGCGUCACCGGACAGCACGGUCGCUGUGGACAGUGGGUCGGAACGAGAUUCAGGCCCCGGUAGCUUAUCUUCGACACCACAACAGAAUAUUUUAUCUUCGAUGACAUGCUUGCAGGCACAGAUAGAACAGAGAACGACCACUCUGUUCAAAGACCCUAGUAAAGAUAUUGAUAUAGAAACUGAGAUAAGUCAACAGACUGAACUUCCGCAUACAUUGUGUUUGAGUGAUCGUCCGCCUCUUCUGUUGGGCAAAGCGGACAUCAAAAGUCCUGACCCUAUUCCUGAGAAAAUUCCAGACAACAUAAUGGAAGGCGAUGAUGAAGAUAAACCUGAAGAUGAAAUUCAAAACGAUUUGCUACUUUCGUACAAUAAGACAAUGGCUGAUCCGUUGCCGCCGCCACCAAAUCCUCCGCCUCCAGAAACGAAAUCCGAUGAUGGCGUCUUAAAAACGAUCAAAGCGAUCGCCAAUCAGACGAAGGAAAUGGUCAUUGACUCAAACAUGCAACUCACGUCAGAUAUGGCGCAAGAGUCUGUCCAGAUAUCUAUUCCUUCCCCGACACCGUCACAGGAGAGGUAUCUCAACGACAUAACCAUGCAAGAACACCAUGAAACAGUCGAGGGUAAUUCUAAACAUGUAGAAUCGUUUGAGGACAUGCUCUCAAUGUUAGAAAAUAUAUCCGAUGAGAACAAACCAUUCGAAAUGAAACAACCUAAUCAGAAAUCUAAUACGUCCGCUCAAAAUUCAAAUGUACAUUCAGUUGCGAAAACAGAAAACAAAGACAAUCAGGAACAAUCAUCGUUUGCAAAACGAGAAAUGGAAAGACUAAUGCCACAGUCGGCGGCGAUACCGCAGCUGUCUCCGCUCUCUCAACCUGCUGAGUUGACGUCCAACAUGGCGAAUGUGUCGCAACAGCUCCGCACGAUUAUGUCUUCGUUGAACACCAACUCGGCUAAAACUGACAACCAGCCUGGUCUGAGAAAGAACAGUGACGCUACGACGCCGACUCAAGUCAAUUUUGAAAAUUUACUGCCUUCCUCUAAAGUAGAGGUGGCUCCUCCGAGACCUUCGCCUAUUCAACGGAUGGAAAAACCAGCGACGUCAAUGCCGAGUCCAGAUAACAUGCCGAUGAGCGCUGCCCAGAUGGUGGGCUCCCGAGUGAACACAUUAUCCACUAUAGGGCAAAUGAGGAAGUCGCCAACUGUGUCACCUAUUAACUCACCUGUGGGUAUUCAGAACACUCUGAUGAAAUCCCCAGCCCAAUCGCCAUUGAUAUCGAAUCAAACUUUUACAUCCGUUGAAGAUAACAGUCCAGGGUCUGUACCCUCUCAAGUUAUACAAAUGCCAGCACUUUCUAAGAUUCAAAACAAUCCUUCAGCUGCUUCUUCUAUCAUUCAUACCAGCAACACUAUUACAACCAGCAUUAAUACUUAUCCUAAAAAUCAACCUUUGCCCACUAGUAUCUUGGGUCACACAUUAUUGCAACCUACAAGGCAAAUAAACGCUAACAAUUUACCUUUCAAUCCACAAAGCAUUAGUUCCAGUCAACCUCCUGCAUUAGUGAUGACUUCGAGACCUUUGAUUGGAAAUAAAGAACCGCCACCAAACGUUACGGUUAGAACGCACAACAUGGUAACACCCGGAAUGGGUCAAAUGCAAGCCAAGCAAAGUCAGGGGUCGUUAAACUUUAUUACUUCAUCAAAAUUACUCCACACGCAAUUGACUUCUCCUCUCAAAAGAUCAAAGUCAACCGAUGAGCCUAAGAGUGAAGUGAUUGUAGGGCAUAUCCAGCCUACGAAACGACAUAGCGUGGAGGCUGUCGUAGUAAAGUCGGAACCUAUGGAAACAGAGGAUUCAACUAAUACAUCAAGCGGUAAUGAUAUUUCCGGAAAAAAUUCACAACAUUCGAAUGCAAACAACCAAAGAAAUGAUGAAUCACAGAAUGUUUUACUCAAACAACUCUUACAGAUUACCACAACGGCAUCCAAUGUGGUUCCGCAACGUACCGUCACAAUUCAGAGAACUGCUCCAGCUCUUGGUACGAUACCGUCUUUGGAAGCCCAGCUGGCUAGACCUUCGAUCCCACCACCGACCAUAGCGCUUAGUCAGGAAGUAGAGCUUCCUAAAAAUUCUCCGAGGCAAAUGACAACCGUAAGUUCUCCCUUCACAAGCCGACCUAUGCAAACUUCCAUUCCUAGUUCUACUAUUUCUACGCUUAUUCAUCAUUCAUCGACCCAAUCUCUUAUGGAUGUAAGGAAGCCUCCAAUAAAAAUGAUUACCAAAGAAGAAACCACGCCUAUCCCAGAAAGUUCGCCAACCAUGAAAACUAUGCACAUAUACCAAGCUAUGAAUGCGGAUAACCAACAAAUGCAACAAAACAUUAAAAAAGAAAUCACACCGCCGCAACAGAGUCCUGUACAUCGUCCAUUCACUCCCAUGGACGUCAAAAAAGAAUUGUUAGAUGAAAGCUCGCAACAAUCUGCAACGUCGGGCGUUUCCACUGCAUCCGAUCAAGGUAAACUUGAUCAACCCAUGAAAGAAGAAUAUCCAGAAGUUGGGGGCUUAGAUCCCUCUUCUGAAGCUAAUGCACCUGAAACGCCCUCGGAAGCAAAGAAACGAAAACGGCGCGAAUAUCAACAGAAGAAGAGAAAAAUGCAGCUAAGUAUGAAAGCAGCCGCAGAAAAUAAUCUCAACGCAGCUAACGCGAAAAAGAGGCCGCGCAAAGGAUCAAGAUACGAAGAAGACUAUGAUACUUUUAUAGAUAAUUUGAUGGCACAACUGCGGUUGUUACCUCCUAUGCAAAUACAAGAGCCCGCUUUAACAACUAAUUUUGCAGUUUGUCCAGUGUUCGGAUCCGGCGAUUUGACUAAAUUAAAAAGUAAGGAUUGUGAUAUAUUAAAAGGUGACCUGAUAGGAGACUUUGGUAAUGCUAGAAUCCCAAACGUGGCCGAUUAUUAUAAUACAAAACCGUUUGGAGACGAGGAACCGCUCCCUGAAAAACCACCUGCAUCAACACAAAGAGGAUUUUACGAUCAAGAAUUUCAACCAAUCAUGUUUGAUGAAGAUCCCGAAGAUAAAAAACUAGAUUUCAUCUGCAAGGAACGUGACACUGACACUCCUGACAGCAUUGUUAGUUGUUCUAGUCCAGAAUGUCUCGACAUCGAGCCCGCUAAUAGGUUCCCUGGUCUCAAACUAAUCGAUGACGAGGAAGAAGAAGAAGAUAGUGACUCUGGUUCAGGACGCGUCUCCCCUAUCAUUCCUAUGAUUGCCCCCGUUCCAAUAAGAAUAAAACCAGUUUCCAUGUAUCAACUGAAAGAAGAGGAAGAUAAUCAGAAAGCCCUCAAAUGUCUCGACACAGAUUCGCCUAACAAGCCUAAGAUGGAAGACUCUCCUGGCAGUACGGAGAGUAAUGAAAAUGUAACCGUUACGCUUACGCUUACUUCUGGAGCCGCAGAAGAUAUACUUGGAGUCCUCAAGGAACUUGCUGGCAUUUUACACAUUCCACCACCGACUUCCUACCAAAUAAUAGAAAGAACUGCUACUCCACCAUCGCAUAAACUCGGUUUGUAUCGAUCUAAAGGUAAAGACGGCAAAGAAGGUACGCCGAUCGACAUACAGAGUAUUCUCAACGGUGCUGCGAAGUUUUGUCGACAUUGUGACGUCGUCAUCUUAGAUUCUGUAGUACGAGCCAAAGCCUCAGAAUUUCCUUUGUUAUCUGCUAAUAAAGGAAACGCCGGUGAAAUACUUUGUGAUAGCGAUUCUGAAUUAUAUUUCUGUAGCACACAAUGCUACGAAAGAUUUGCAUGGCGACCGACAAAUAUCAUUUUAGAUGGAAAAUCGAAAACUAGCGUAAAGGACGAUAAUAAGUCGGACGUCGAAACAAAUCUGUCCAAAGAUCGAGACGACUUUGAUACCGCAUCCACAGAGAGCAUGGAGACGGAUGAUUUAGAUAUGAAACCUGACAUCAAGGAUGAAAAAAUGGAUCUCUCAUUCAUGGAUUCGCUGGACAACGAUGAACUCAUGAAAGAAGUCGGCGAUGACGUCAGCGCCUUAGACGAAGAUUUGAAAAGUGUCGAACAAGACGAGAAGAGUAAUCAGAGUACAGAAAAAGAAAAAUACCGAGGCAUAAGGUACAAAGCUUGGUCUCCGGGCUGCAUCGGUCCGCCUGUGAAGUACAAACGUCCGACAGACAGGGAACUCACAGAGUUGGUAUUCCGCACCGGAGUCGCCAUCAUGCCUGUGACGAAUGAAGACUCUCGCAAAUGCGAACUGUGCGGGAUCCAAGGAGACGGAGUGGCCGACGGGGUGUCGAGAUUACUGAACUGUGACGUAGACCGCUGGGUACAUCUCAACUGUGCACUGUGGUCGGAGGGAGUGUACGAGACCGUGAGCGGAGCGCUGAUGAACGUGGAGACAGCCUUAGCUACUGGUUCGAACUCCACCUGUGCGGUUUGCCGUCGAUUAGGAGCUACAGUGAGAUGUUUCAAAGUCCGCUGUGGAAAUGUGUACCACCUCGGGUGUGCCGUAAAAGAUAGCUGCGUGUUUUAUAAGAACAAGACUGCGUACUGCGCGUCUCACGCACCGAAGAAUGAAAAAGACAAUGAACUCACUACGCUGAGCGUGCAACGUCGCGUAUACGUGUCCCGAGACGAGCAGCGGCAAGUGGCCUCGGUGAUGCUCCACUCCGACACUAACCAUCUGAUCCGAGUCGGGGGCCUCAUAUUCCUCAGCCCGGGCCAUCUGUUGCCGCACCAACUGGCCGCAUUCCACACGCCCAACUAUAUCUAUCCGAUUGGAUAUAAGAUUGUGCGGUUCUACUGGUCCACCCAGCGCGCCAACAACCGGUGCCGCUACCUGUGCUGGAUCUCCGAGGAGGAGGGGCGGCCGCGCUUCCACGUGCGCGCGCAGGACGAGCCGCGCCACGAGGCCAGCGCGCCCACCCCCCGCGCCGCCUGGGCUAAUAUACUAGAUGCCGUGGCCUCUCUACGUGAAGGACGAGGCGAAGAGGGCGUAUUAAAAUUGUGGCCGAAUUAUGUAACUGGGGAAGACCUCUUCGGUUUGACCGAGCCUGCAGUUGUUAGAGUAUUAGAAAGUUUGCCUGGAGUGGAGACGCUGACGGACUACCGGUUCAAGUUCGGUCGCUCGGCGCUGCUGGAGGGCGGGCUGGCCGUGAACCCGUCGGGCUGCGCGCGCUGCGAGGCCCGGGCGCGCACGUGGCGCCGCGCGCUGCUGCCCGCCACCGCGCCCGCCGCCGCCGCCGCGCCCUCCGACACGCCCUGCCCCUACACCAAGCAGUUCGUGCUCACCAAGAGCAGCCAGUACAAGAAGAUGAAGAUGGACUGGCGCAACAACGUCUAUCUCGCCAGAUCAAAGAUACAAGGGCUGGGGCUGUACGCUGCACGCGAUCUAGAAAAGCACACUAUGGUGAUAGAGUACAUUGGCGAAAUAAUACGAUCGGAACUCUCAGAAAUGAGAGAAAAGAAAUACGAAUCGAGAAAUCGCGGCGUUUACAUGUUCCGGCUGGGCGAGCGGCGAGUGAUAGACGCCACGCUAUGCGGCGGCCUCGCGCGGUACAUCAACCACUCGUGCCAGCCCAACUGCGUCGCCGAGACAGUGGAGGUCGACCGCUGUCUGCGGAUCAUCAUCUUCGCCAAGAGACGCAUCUCACGAGGAGAAGAGCUCACCUAUGAUUACAAAUUCGACAUAGAAGACGAUGCUCACAAAAUCAUGUGCAUGUGCGGCGCGCCCAACUGUCGCAAGUGGAUGAACUAAAUGCUCAAACAAACUAUUGUUACUACAUUUUAAAGGAGUGAAUUAAAUUUAUUGAUGUGAUUCAUAUUUGUAUAUAAUGCUGGAUAUGAAUUCGUUUGCUAGGUUGAUCGAAGGUUAUAAUGAAUUGUGGUCCAGAGAAGGCUAUGAAAUAUUAUGUUUACCAAAGGAACGGAUCAACCGUGAAUGUUAAGGUUUAUGAAUUUAAGUAAAUAUUCACAAAGCCUUGUGAUCUAAUAAAUAAGACAAUAUCAACAGAAUUUUAUUAAUAAAUUUUAACAAUUUUUAUAUAAAUUAUGUUUCUACUAUAUAUUGUAAUUAGUAAGUCCUCAACACACUUGUAAAUAAAACUAGAUCCGUGUGAGAUAUUGUUAUUGAAUUUUAAUAUUUUAGACGUAAACGUUUUAUAAUAGUCGUAGAUUGUAGAAUUAGUUUUGACUUUAUUUUUCUAUGAAUAUUUUUUUUAUUUCAAAACACUAAAGUAUAGUUUUGGUUAUUAUUUAAUCGAUAUUAGUGUGUACCGGCACGUAUACUACGAUAAUCUCAGCUGUAGCGUUGCGUUAGGUUAAGUUACCAAAUAGCGAAGUAUGCAUUUAGUUUCCACAGGUAGCACAAGCGUCGUUUCUUUACCUAAAAUAUAUUUAAUAGAUGUAUAAAUAAAUGUAAAUAAUCUUAUAAUGUCACAUAAAUGUAAAUUUUAUAUUAAAUUAAGAAUUUCUUUCGUUUUGUAAAACUGAAUUUUAAAUGCCGUAAUUUAAAGAAAAUAUAUAAUGUAAAGGUUAGACAUACACAAAGAGGUAACAUUAGACCACCAUGUGCCUGACCUAGUUCGUGGUAGGAUAGACUACGGAACGCCACAUCGCGCCUUCGGAAAAAUCUUUUACUUGUAUUUUUUAAGUGAAUGUGUUGCAAUUUGCCGGAUUGCACCACCCUGAAGAAAGAUAUCUCACUUUAAAUUAAAUAUCACUUAGGGACAUUACAGAGUACUCAAAUUCUAUUAUUAAUUUAAAUACACAGUUAAUUUGAUUGGAUUUGAGUUUAUCGCGUUGCGUUCAGUUUCUAACUCUUUUAUAAUACCAAUUUUGUAAUUUGACAUUUUGUGAGUCCAUAAUGAAAAACGUACAAACUCGCCGGUAAAAUCAUACUACCAGCGGCCUUUCCAUAUAUGUACAUUGUAUUCAUUGUAUUGAAUAAUAAGGUCCAAAAAAUUACUAGCUUACUUAUUUUUACCUCGUAAAAAAAUAUUAUUAUAUAGAGUGAAUCCACAAAAAGAUUCUUCCGAAAUUCUCCAAUGAAUUUAUAUUUAUCCUAGACAGUAUAUAUUAAUGCAUGCUAUGUUACGCUUUCUAUUCCCUGCCCAAACCGUAUACAAACCUUGAUUAGUAUUACAGAUAAUUCCCUAUCCUCAAACAAAUUAUAUCUCUCAUAGAACU